AUGUCAAUUCUCAUUACCGGUGCAGGAGGUUACGUCGGUCAGGAACUGGCUGCUGGUCUCCUCGCCUUAACACCGGCUUCAACCACGGUCACCAUCACCGAUGUGAACGAGCCAGCCAUACCUGCCUCGGCGUCUCAACAUGCGGACCGACUCAAGUGUGUCAAAGCUGAUUUGACAUCCACGAAAGAGGUGGAUGAACUGAUCCGUGCAGACUCUCCCUUCGAGACUGUGUAUAUUCUUCAUGGGAUCAUGUCGAGUGGCUCGGAAGCCGAUUUUGAGUUGGGCAUGCGGGUCAAUCUCGACGCGACCCGAUAUAUACUUGACCGACUACGGGUGACGAUGUCAGGCGUGAAGGUUGUCUUCACAUCGUCGCUGGCUGUUUACGGUCCAGCACCCUCAGGAUUCAUCAUUAACGAGACAAAUUUCCCGCCGGUACCUUCGUCCUCGUACGGAUCUCAGAAACUCAUCAUCGAGACCCUCGUGACAGACUACUCUCGUCGCGGUUUUAUCGAUGGGCGAAGUGUGAGACUCCCCACUGUUACUGUUCGCGCCGGUGCGCCUACCCAAGCUGCCAGCAGCUUUGCGAGCGACAUCAUUCGGGAGCCCUUUCACGGAAGAAAGGCUGUUUUGCCAGUUGGGAAAGACACCGAGCUGUGGAUCUGUUCGCCCGGCACAAUUAUCAAGAACCUGAUACAUGCCCGUACGGUUCCCCGGGAGGCCUUCGGUGAGUCCCGCUCAGUGAAUUUGCCCGGCUUGAAAGUCAGUGUGCAUCAGAUGCUGCAGGCUCUCCAAGAGAUCGGAGGCCAGGAACGUAGGGCACUCGUGGAGGAGAAAUAUGAUGCUGCCACGGACAAGAUUGUGCAGUCAUGGACGCCUCAAUUCUCCACGGAUCGUGCCUUUCAAAUGGGAUUCCAUGCAGAUGUCUCUAUGUUGGAGAACAUUAAGCAAUUUGCGAGCAGCUUUGUAUGA